AUGAAAUUACUCCACAUACACCUCCUCUCGCCCCCCCCGGCUCCGCCCCUCCCUCCUCCCGCAUACUCGCCUCCUGAUUGGCGGACACUUCCUGCCUGUGACGUCACGGACGCGCUCUUGUGGACGGCGCGCGGAGCGCUCCAGCAUCAUUCUCGCUUUGGAGCAAAGACGCGAAGAAUACAUUUUUUUUUUCUCUCCGGUGGACCGGCGCGGGACCACCGAGCAGAUCUCCCCGACCGGAAGUGCAUGAAGGACGGCGAGAGCGCGGGAGGAGAGUCCGCUUGAACGCUCCCUUCUGGAUCUCGAACUAAAAACGUCACAAACCAGGACAGCAAGCCAUCUUUUUCAAACGGGGCGAGUGGCGACCUCGCAGCCAUGAGACCAAACGCGUCCGAGAUGUCGUGGGAGGAGUCUUCGGGUGGGGACGCCUUCUUGUCGCCGGACCACCGGGGGGGCCACCCGCCCGUCCGGGAAUCGCCGGCGAUGACGGCGUGGGGCGUGGUCCUGUGCGUGUCGGGCACCGCGAUCACGGCCGAGAACGCGGUGGUGGUCACCGCCAUCCUGGCCACGCCGUCGCUGCGCGCCCCCGUCUUCCUGCUUCUGGCCAGCCUGGGCCUGGCAGACCUACUGGCGGGCGUGGCUCUGGUGGCCCGCUUCCUGUUCCUGUUCUGCCUGGCACCCAGCGAUUGGUCCGAGUUGGUGACGUCGGGGCUGCUUGUGACUUCGUUGAGCGCCUCGCUGUGCAGCCUGAUGGGUGUCGCCCUGGACCGCUACCUCUCUCUGAGCCACGCCCUCACUUACGGCUCGGGGCGAUCUCGGCGGCGCGCCGCCCUUCUCCUGCUCCUGGUGUGGGCGGGCGCCUGCGUUAUGGGCGCCGGCCCCGCCAUGGGGUGGCACUGCCUGGACGAGCCGGCUUCCUGCUCGGUGGCGCCGCCCCUCACUCGGACGUACCUGUCGCUCCUGUGCGGCGGGUUUCUGGCGGCGGUGGUAGUCACCCUGCAACUGUACGCCGGCAUCUGCCGGGUGGCGCGGCGCCACGCCCACGCCAUCGCCACCCAGAGGCACUUCCUGCCCUCCGGCCAGUCGUACGCCGGCAAGUACGGCAGCGGCCGGGGGUUCUCGCGCUUGGUGCUGGUUCUAGGAGUCUUUGUGGGUUGUUGGAUGCCUUUCUCGCUGUGGGGGCUGCUGGGUGACGCGUCCAGUCCGCCACUGUACACCUACGCCACCCUGACGCCCGCCGCCUUUAGCUCCCUGCUUAACCCGCUACUCUACAGCCUGAGGAACAAAGACAUACGCAAGGUUCUGCUGCAGGCCUGCUGCCCCCGCAGACAUGCCGCCCAAAUGCACUGCCCCGAAGAUGUGUAGGUCCCUACCACAACUCAAUCAUGAGGAACUUUGGGACAGAAUCCUAGGUCUGGGAACAGGAAAUCCAGACUGGGGGGGGGGGAGGAGAUGGCAGUUCCAGGGGAAUAAUCAUGGAUCUAAACCAAAAAAAAAAAAAAACAUUUUGGGAAAAAGGAAUCCUGGAUCUGGAGAAUCAAAUCCUGGUUUCCUGCAUUUUCUCUUCUCCCACCUGGAUUCUUGAGUUGCUUUGAGUGACGAUUAAAUCCACAGCAACUUUAUGGCAUCAUUAAAUUGGACGUUUUGCUGAAAAAAUGCUGUUCUUUUCCCCCAAACCAAUAUGAAGGUUGUUGACUUCAUCCAUUCCGAAGAAACUGAAAAUUAGUCAAGGAAAAGCCAUCAUUUCGCUGUAAAUCCAGGACCCCCCCCACCCCCCCCUUUGUAAUUCUUCCUGAUGUAAAUUCAGACCUAUGCAGGGGUCAAAUACCCCCUAAACACACAUCGUUUGGCCUUGAAGGUCCAUGUUCUCGAGAGUGAAUCGGUUUUUGAUGUUUGAUGUAAUUUUUGUGCAAUUCUGCCAUGAAACGCCAAUAAAAAUGAAACCGCCUCCUUGGGGGAGGUAAUAAUAAAAUGACAACCCCCUUUCACGCUGGCUACUUCCACCAUACCUCGUAUAAGUUACCGACACCAGGUGGCAUCCCCACGGAGCCUCAGAGUCGUUACGGAGGUGGGCAGCGAGAAGUUUAACAGCGGACACUCACCGGCCGCAUCUCUUUGCGUCGAAAGCAAUUGUCACUCGACUUUUAAUUAUCUCAAUGCAAACAGUUGCUAAAUUGUCGCCAUCGUCGAAAAUAUCUGAACGUCAAGAGUCCGCAUCGGCUGCGUGAAAGAAAUUGUUGCUGUUACCGCCUGGCAUCGAAUUAUCUGAAUGGCAAGAAGCCGCAGCGGCUGUGGGAACGCGCAAUUCGGCGAGUUCUGUCUGACAGGCACGGCGAACGAACGCCGGCUCUACCGUUACGCCUCUCUAGCAUCGGAGAGCCGUAUAGCGGAAAGUUAAAUACCGCCUUGAAAGCCAUCAUUGUAGCUAGGCAUAUCUAAAUGCGUCGAGCCGCAACAUCUGUAGCAACCCACACUUUGGCGACUUAUCCGACAGGCAGGGGUGAAUAAACGCCGGCUCUACCGUUAACGCCUCUCUUAAUAUCGCAGGUGUGAAGAAGGGCAGGAAGUUCAACAGUGCGUUGAAAGCAAUUGUCAGCGGGCAUAUCUAAAUGUGUGAAGCCGCAGCGGCAACCCACAAUUUGACGAGUUCUGUCUGAUAGGAACGGCCGAAUAAAUGCCACAGUUUACGCUUCUGAUGCAAAUUUGCCAGCGUGAAAGGGGCUUUUGAGAGUUAAAAUGAAUGCUUUCCAUGUUUUUUUUUUCAUCGUAAACGUGGAGAAUUUCCUUUUAUAAAAAAAAAAAAAAAAAAAAAAAAAAAAAAAAAAAGUAUUGGAUCCGCAUCCAAAGUUUCAUCGGAAUUGUUUGGAGUCACAUCUGGAGAGGAAUGAAGUGUUUUAUAUUCAUCAGAAAAGGGGAAUUAUCUUUUAAGAAUACGGGGCCGCCCGCAGACACAACUGAAUCUAUGCCAGACGUGCGCUCAACACAAAGUAGCGCUCGGAGCGUGAAAUCUUUCACUCUCCCACUUGAAAGCAGCACUUUUUUUUUUUUAAACCAGAACGUGAGGUCCUCCCUUAUCGUCCUCAUCAGAACGUUCUGAACUGUCCUGGCCGCCGGCCAUGUUGGAGGAACUCCCACUGCUACCAGACUUGUUUGUGCCUCCCUGCCAACAAUCAGCCCACUUGUAGCUGCACGGGAUCCCGCCCAGUGAAAACAAUCAGCCGCUCGUAAAUACGAGCGGAUUUACAUGACAUUUGUGCGUUUAUGGGGAGAGGGGGGAAAAAAAACAGAAAGUCAUGUUGAGUUAAUUGGAUCCAAAGGCUUAAUGAUAAUAAUAACAUGAUGUACUUGAAAUGUGUGCUAAAAACACAAUGUUCCAAUGGAGAGCUCAGAUUCUAUUCUUUCAAGGCACUUUUCAGCCAUUGGGACCGUAUGUUGCACAACCUUGUUUUUUGUUUUUUUUUCAAAUGAAUGAAUAUUUUAUACUGCUGAAUAAUAAAUAUGCUUUUUUUUUUUCUACUGAA